AUGGAUCCAGAACGCAUGAAUGGGGACGACUAUAACGGGCGCGGCAAGCAAUUGCUUGCUGCAAUAGACGACACGGAAGAGACCACUUCGCCGGCAUUCCUUGAUUUGACAUCUUCGCCGUCCAAUCGUCCGCACGAGCAUCCAAUACUGGCAGACGAAUCUGUGCAGACAUCAGUCGGGCCUUCGCGAGCGACCUCGCCCGCAGCUUCGAGUGUCAUCGCACUUGGAUCACCAAGCCAACCCCGACCACCUGUUUCCCCGGAAUCGCUUCCGUCACUGCCCAAGUAUCCCGGCGCGUGGGAUUCUCUAUCAUCGUCGUCUCCUGAGAAUCGAAAGGCAAACAGCGCAUACUUUACUGCUGCGUGGGGCUCUCCAUAUGCAACCCCUAGCCCACGUCGGCUCUCGUGGACUCUCAGCAAUCAGCCUAGCUUGAACCUCCCGUCGCGCGAUAACUCUCCUUCAAGAGGCCGUGGCUAUACUUCCGUGCGUGGCCCUGGAUCAUUCCGAACGACGUCAACGUCUAGCCAAGUACCCAGGCCAAUCCACGGCUCAAUCGGCCGAUCCUCGGUAAGGGACUUUUCGGGCGUACAAGCAAGUUCCUCGUUCAAACAAUUUACUGAGGACUGGAUCGACCGCUACCUGUCAGGUCAGCCACGUACCGAGCGCACGAAUUGGUUAAGUGACGACGAAGGCAGCGAGGCACCAUCCUUCUUCACUGCCCGGAACAAUUUUGGUGACGACCCAACUGAAGGUUGGCUAGGACUGGACGAACCUAACGAGGAGGACCUUUUGAGAACGCCUACUGCGUCGAAUUCUCUAUCAGUCAGAUCAAGAAAGGGACUUGGUAAACAGCUCAGUCGGACUCGGAAACACCUUUCAACCUUCAGCACCGCCACUUUACGGCAAGAGGACGUUUGGGGAUUUGCAUUCGGGGACGAGCAUCCAUCGACCGCGAUGUCUGAUAUAGCGGAUACACAACUGCCUCCAGCGGAGCACGACUCCACUACUGAAUCGUCUGUGGAGAAGCCUCUACCUUUACCGCCUGCACAGAAUGCCACGCCCGUCGAUAAUAAUGAGAGCCUAAAGACUGAGACUACUCCCAGGCCUCCAUUAGUCAGCCAGGGUUCGUCUCAACGUGGGAGAAGAAAGGUAGCAUGGCGUGGCAAGACCUGCUUGAUUGCAGUACCUACAGAUGAUAAGAGAGGGUCUGAGGGGUCCGGGUAUCAGCUACUCUCAAAGGCGGAUGUUGAAAAACGCCUGCAAAACUGGCUGGAUGAAGGAUACCACGUGGACGGAUUCGACGUUUUUGCGCCGGAGCAGGAUUCAGUUUCGAGCCAAACUGGUGGCUUCAGCCGGCUACCUUUUCCCGAUGAAACUGAAUCUCAUCAAGACCAAGUAUCGAGGAAUUUUUCAGUGCGAUUUCCAAACCUUGGCGAAUGGGAUGCAUAUGUCCAACACCUGCAAGAAGAGAAACUCCGUGCACUAGGAGUCUUCCUUGACGAUGACCCUCCAGCUUCGGAAUCCCCUGCAGCAUCUAUGGGGCAAAUGACUCAAAUGGGCCUUUUCCCUGGUCACAUCACUUCCCCACCAAUUCCUACUUCGUCUGCAGCCAGUAACCCGAUGUUUGGGUCUCAUACUUUCUCCCCUCAUUUCAAUCAGUCUACCAACCCGAGUACGCAUACUGAAUCGCUGGCAUCGCCGCCACCUCAGUUUGGAGGACAGCAUUCGUUCUAUGGCAUGGACGCAAAUUUUGUGCCAGGGUUACCUUAUCCUUACCAGCCAACGCCUCCAGUUGCAGGAACCUUGACUCCCCAGAGUUUGUUUAACGCUCGUCAAGCCAGCUUUGCAGGACCGGGUAUGCCGAACUUGAAUUCGAUUUUUUCACCUGUGUCUCCUCUAAAUGCCGACGAUAUAUUCAAUCAAAGCUCGAAUGGUCCGCGAGAUCGCACGGACUCGAUUCGGGAUCCAUCAUACCAUGAUUCAAGCAACAAGCGACAAGUUCGUGAGUCGCGGGCUGCAACUCUCAUUCUGGACGAGUCUCAGCUCGAGACAGAACACUUCCAAGCAUCAAAUGUUGAGAUUGCCCAUCCUACGCCUCGUGGACAUAGUCAUAAUCUCAGUGAAACGUUACAGAAGGGUCUAGAUCGGUAUUCGCAAGCGGAUUAUCAUCUAGAAAACUCAAUCCAGCGACAGUUGGAUGACAAUGAGGGUGACUUGCAUAACUCUCGCUGGGCUGUCGGUGCAGAUGACGUGCAGCCGUCCCCAGCCCAUGCACAAUUCUCAGUUCCAGAUUCAUUCUCUACUGGCCACCAUCGCCUCUUUGGGGAACAACAGCAACAGCCUAUGGAUAUAAUUCAGGAUGCUGAUGAAAUUGAUACCAAUCCAAGUCUUACUGCAAGCCCCCGCGAACCCAAACUCGACAUGAGCCAUCACCCCUGGCACAGUGCAAAGCCAAGUUCCGGCUCCUUUGUCGCAGGGCACAAGUCAAAGGCAUCUCUGUCCGGCCUCAAUGUGGAAGCUCAGGAGUUCAACCCUACAGGUUCAUUCUCGACUAAUACUUUCGCUUUCCAAGGGGCGGCCCCCUUUCAAUCGAACGGGCUCGGAAAUGGAUCGAUAUUCUCCCCGACCUCAUCCGUAUUCAAACCAAGCGGUUCGAUCGGUAGCUUCAAUGUGGCAGCUCCUUCAUUUACACCCUCAAGUAACGACUUCAACGCUAGCAGUGCCUCAUUUGUACCUAGCGCGUCGAAGGGAUUCACCUUCUCGACCGCAUCCUUCAACGCCGAUGCACCCGCUUUCAAUCCAGGCGCAAGCGUCACUUCUAAUACUUCGGACGCACCCAGUCAUCUCAAAGGUAGUAUCUUUGGAGACAUCGACUUCAAUCAGAUUAAUAAGCCCAGCAAGUCAUCUAAAGCUAUUCCUAUUGUCCGUCCUGAUGAUGACGAAGAAGAGGAGCCGAUUGAACGUGGUGUUCCAGGAACCCCGCCACGCCAAAAGCGUGCUCGCCGCGGUGCUGGUGAAGAAGACAAGGAUGUCGAGUUUGCAGUGCCCACGCCAUUGGCAGAGGCCACUCAAGCCCAAGCUACAGCCACAGCAAAUCAAACUCACAAGUCUGCUGAAGGUAAAGAGAACGAGCUACCUGAGCAAAACGCCCUGAGGGUUUCUGUGAAAGCAGACAGCCCAGAUACAAAACGUCGUUUUGUAGAAGAUGACGCUGUUGCCGUGGAAGAUGCUGUUGAGGAUAUUCAGGAGAAAGCUGCUCACCCAGUUGACACUGAGCCAUUCCCCACCGUAUCCGAUCUUAACCAGGUUAUAGACCCUGCUGAGCCGAUCAUUGACGAUAGUGCGCCCAAGGAGUCGGCAGAGGAAAACAUCGCAACCCCGGUACCUGAGGCUGCACCCGAACCUGUAGCUGAACAUUCUAAUGCGGAAAUUCCAAAGCGAGAGCCAAGAAAGUCAAUCUUUUCAGCCUUAAGAUCAUUCUCGUUUCGCCCUUCGAUUUCAGAAUUUGUUCCGAUCAAGUCGCCUAGCAAUGAGGCCAAGUCGCCUGGCCCUGAACCUACUCCUAGCCCCGAACCUGUCAAGGCUCAACCCGAGAAGCCCAAGACGGGACUAUUUGCAUCUCGAUAUGCUGUUGAGGAAGAAGAGUUGAACGUUACCGAGUUGGCACCGAUCAACAACCCGCCCGAGAUGUCUAAAGGAAAUGCGAAAGACACUGCCAAUGGUCACGAUUCACCCGAUGAAGAAGAACUCAACGCCAUUAUGGAUCAGCUCAAUGGUGAUGAUUCUGAUGUCGGCGUGGAGAGACUCAGCACGCCCUUGCCACCUCAAAUGACUAUUGGAACACCCGGAGGCCACUCAAUGGAACAGACACAGCUACCUCACAUCAUCCGCAGUGAUGCCCCAAGCCCGAGUCCCGCUAGAGACUUCAAUCAAUUGCUGCGAGGCACUUCAAAAAUUGGACCCGAGUUGGAUGUUGGUCAAUCUCAUCACUCUUUUCCACAGCGAGGCUUUGCUUCAGGUGCUCAAUCGCCAGUCCGUCAAUUACUUAGUACGAAUGAGCACAUUAGUGACUGGGAUGAUGUCAUCUCCUCAGGGGAGGACGAAAAACUGGUGCAACGAAGCAGAUUCUUUGAUCGCCAUGUCAAUGCUCUUGUUAGUGAGGUUCUAGCGGAACGAUUAGGCCCUCUCGAGCAAGCAUUAAGCAUCAUACAAAACUCUGUGGUUUCAUUGCAUUCGCAAUCAGCCGGUCGCCAAUCUUUUACCGGUAGACAAGCAGAUGUGGAGCAUAGCGAUGCCGAUGACGAAGAUGACGAAGUCAACAUUCCUCGUUCAAUCUCGCCAUUGAGCAAACGGGAUAGAAAGUUAGAGAAGAUGAAGGGCGCGGUACUCGAAGCUCUUACAGCUCAUGGAUUGGGUCGGCAAGAAGUCCCUCCGGCUUCGGCAAACCUCAACGUCAUUCAAGAAACACUGGCUGAGCUCAAAGCAUUAACUCAACAACGUCAGCAGCCAGAGCUUCCAGACUUCAAGGCUUUGGUUCAAGAAGCUUUGACAGUCCAUGCUCAAGCUAACGCUAGAAAGACACCCCUUUCAGAGGCUGAAGAAAUUGGCGCAGAGAGUUUGAAACUACAAUUAGACGGCGUGAAGAGCAUGCUUCGAACGGCAGAUGAGCGCACCGAACAAGAAAUCAAAGCUCGCCGUGACGUCCAGGAAGCUUUGACAGAAGUCCAGAAGAUGCUUGGUCAUGCGGAAGGUGAAGUCGCUCGCUAUCGCCAAGCUGCUGAGCAAGCAGAAGCAACUGUUCGUGAACUUCAGGAAGAGAAAAUUCCUCAGUUGGAAAAGGCUCAGACACGAUGCGACGCACUUGAGAGACAACAGGAAUCGUGGGAAAUGACACUAUCAGAGCUUUCCGCCAAGAAUAUUGCGCUGGAAGGUACACUGGACGAAUACCGUGUUUCGCAUGAUUUCUGGAAGAAGAAGGUUGCAACGACGGAAGAGGAGAACAAGGAUUUACGGUCCAGCAUUACACAUCUCACCGCUCGUAUCGAAGACAGUAUGCGCGCUAGACAGAGCCUGCGAGGCAAGUUCGAUAAAUUACAGGACGAUAUGGCGAACGUAACUAAGGAUGUGACCCGCGACCAGGCCAAUUCGCGAAGAAAGGAAGAAGAACUUACCGCCAAAUACGAAAGUCUCCGUGCUGCAUAUGACAGAGAAGUGAAACUGCGCGAGAAACUCGAAAUCGAUAUUGGCGAGCUAGAGAAGUCCGAACGAGAAACUGCUAAAUUGAAGUUCAUUUUCGCCCAAUCUCAGCAAGAAAACCACAGAUUGGAGGAGCUUGUUGCAUCUUUACGCCAGGAAAGUCAAGAACACCAGAACACCGCCUCGCGCUUCGAACGCGAAUUCAAUGAAGCCCGUGAGAGCAGUCGAAUGGAAAUACAGCGCACCCGAACGUCAUUGGAGGCCGACCUUGAUGCAGCGAACAAUCAGGUCAAUUACAUUCGUGCAGGACUUGAAGCUGAGAUCAACCGUUUGGAAAGUCAACUCGAAAAUGUCCGCAUGGAUGCCGAUACAACGAAAGAGCGAUACGAGCUUCUCUUGGAGGAAGCUCGUGAGAACAAAGCUUCGGCUAUGGCUGAGUUGGCAGCAGCAAAGGACAUGGCAAUGGAAGAACAACGCAAAACACAUGACCGUGUUCUUAACGACCUCCGCGAACGCCACGCUCGUGCACUCCACAAUGCUUCUGAAGAUCGACAACGGAUUGAAUCUCACAUGAACGAGAAGCUAGACCUUAGCAACGAGAAAGUGGCUCAUCUGCAAGACCGCGUCGCCCAUUUGGAAGAGAAACUUGAGAUAGCCAAAUCUGCUGCUCGCGCAGCUGCUCAGGCGGCUCAAGCCAAAGGUGUGGCCGUUCCUCACCCUGUACAGCACCAUAGUUCGCCGUCCUUAUCUUACAACAAGGAUUCGUCGGGCCCUGAAAGGAUUUCACCUCAAGCUCUCCGUGAAUCCAUUCUUGUACUCCAGGAUCAAUUACAACAACGCGAAAGCCGAAUCGAGGAGCUAGAACAGGAGCUCAGUGGAGUCGACAAGGAGGCGCCCAACAAGAUCAAAGAAAGGGAUACUGAAAUCAGCUGGCUUAGAGAGCUUCUCGGAGUCCGUGUUGAUGAUCUACAAGAUAUCAUAAACAACCUUUCACAGCCUUCUUUCGAUCAAAACACCGUCCGGGACGCUGCCAUCCGACUUCGAGCCAAUCUCCAAAUGCAGCAGCAGGAAAAAGAGAGGGCAAUGUCAGGACAGGCAUUCCCUUCAUUAGCGGAUAUUGCAGCAUCUCCACGUUCGCUACCGCUCGCAGCAGCCGCAGCAUGGGGCAACUGGCGUAAGGGACGUGACUCUUUUACAUCAGAAAGCGGAGCUUCUCAGACACCUUCAAAGUCAACGAACGCUGGUGGCUUCCUGUCCGGGCUACUUACACCUCCUAGCUCAAAUGUGAGAUAUACUCCCAAGAACAUGAGCGCCCCACCAGGACCAGCGCGUCUAGCAGGCCGCCGAACAGCAUCAGAGAGUCGCCCGCUUCGAGGAUACAAUCAACCGCGUUCUCUAUCUGCGCGACAAAUGGAUAAGCUUCCAGUUGUUCAUCAGGAGUCGAUUGAACCACCAACGACUCCACCACUCCUACGAAGGUCCAGCUAUGAUCAUGAUGCCGAGCAAAACAGCUAUGACGGUAGUGCCUUAAUGGACGAUGUUGACAGCAUGAUAGCCGCAGACUCGCCGGAAGGAGUCAGAGAUGAUGGCCUCUUUGCCCGUGACGAGUAA